AUGAUAGUGUUGCGGAUCGGAUGCGAAGCUGGACCCUGCUCAGACGCGGUCGUUGCCUACCGUGGAGCAAAAUUUCUAUCCGAUUUCCGCACUUUGGCCGGCGUGUCGAAAAUCGGGGGCGAUCUCACCGAUGAUCAUGCCACAGCUCGUCCAUCGCCUCACAGUCGGCAGCUGCCGCCAUCCAACGAUUUGCACAUGGCAAAUGGCGUCAAGGAUGCAGCUACGAUGGAGGGACAGUUCCGACGUGCAUCAGUAUGA